AACACUUGAAUUUAAACACCACAAAAUGACCGCCAAAUCUUCCAUGUUUAUACGUUAAGUGUCAAACAACGCCAAAUUGUUUUUUUUAACUUCUAAUUUUAUGCAUCAUGUGGAAAAUGUUUUAAAAACAUUAAUUUUAAACUAUUUUUUGAAUGGAUAAUGAACAAAGAAUAUUAGUAGGAAACAGAACAAUCUUUAUCAAUUGCUUUAUAUUUCAACGUUUUUAAAUUGUUCUUAUAAAAUUUAAAAGAAAUAACACGAUGGACAGAAGAAAAAGUUUAGGAGUCGCUCUCCUUACAAAUACAGUUGAAAUGAAUGAAGGAAAUUCUUCACCAUUGCGAAGAAGAUCAAGUUUUGGUCUCACUAUACCAAAGUCAGUCUCGACAAUAGUUGAGAAUGACGAUGAAGCAGAACGUUUGGCACGACGACAAGAUCGUCGUCAAGAAAUAUCGGAGACACCAAUAUCGUCAACAUCCGAUAAACGUCGUUCCCUUGGUUUAUCAAAUAUCGCACACAUUCCAGCGGGUCAAAUUUCCGAAAAAAUAACACAAUGCAUUAAACUCAGUACUGAGAAUAAAAUAAAUGCAAAAAAUGCCUUUAGUUUAGAAAUUAUUGAUUUUAUGACGUAUCUCAUAAAAAAGAAAGAUAAAGAAAUGUCAAAUUUACAAGUUGCCAGCACAUCUUUGGAUGUGAGUGCAAAAAUUUAUGGAUUUCGCGUUGAUGGCGUACAUACGGAUAUGUUGAAAAUGAUUGGCGGUCUUGAUAAACAGGAGAAAAAAAAUGAUGACGAAAAUGCUAAUGGUCAGGGUGAAAAUGGUCAAGAUGGAGGUGAAGGAAACAAUGCGGCAGAUCAAAUUGCACAGAAAAAGAAAAAGAAACGAUCAAUGAGAAAUAUUCUUAGCAAUGAAGAUGCAUUAAAGGGAAAUGUUGAUGUAAUAAAUCCCAUUUCAUUGAUAAUGGGCGAUGGCGAUUCACAAACGACAGAUCUUUUAUUUCAAGCAAUGUUACCAUCACAUGAAAAUGGCAAUAUUUAUCUACAUUCAUUCAAUGAUGUGAUUUAUGAUACAAUUGUCGAGGAGAGGCCAGCAAUAUCAAAGGAAAUUGAAUUUUCCAAUGUGAGAUUCAAUAAUGAUGAUGAUAUUUGUCCUUUGUUUUCUAAUUUUCAAAUUAUUGGCUGGUCCGCUGAUAAUGAACCUGAAGAACAGCCACACAAUGAAAGUAAAUAUCAAUUUGAUCUUGAUGCAAGUUUACCGGCCGAUGAUGUUGGUAAUUCGCGAAUGGAUAUUUUUGAUGUGGAUGACGAUUAUCAUGAGGAUGUAGAUAGAUUUGGUGCCAAUACAAGACAAGUGGAAAAUAUUAUUGAUUUUAGUGGUGUCAUUGCUUCAAGUGGUACAAGAACUAAUUUUGAGUAUUCAUAUCUUCAAGAUAGUUUAGCAAGUCAAAUACAAUGGGUGGGUCCUCUUCAUUGGAAGGUUCGAUUGAAUAAAUCAAUUGCCAAUAGUCGAGUUAUUGGAAAGCCAGCUGCUCAUAAAGACACUACACGAAAAAAGAAGGAAAUCACAAUUGAUCAGAAGAAAGAGGAGGUUAGAGAUGCUAUUCAGGAGAAAUUUCUUCCUGGUCAUGCGAUAAAACUCCAAGUGAAAACGGCCAAAGUUGGAUGGGCGGAAGAUAAAAUAACAUUUCCAAAAAAUGAGCAUUACGAUAUGAAAAAUAUUGGAAGAUAUUAUUUCCGACCACGAUUGCAUUUCCAUAUUCCGAGAGAAGAAAAUAUAAAUACAACACAUUUAUCGGAUGAAGUUGAUAAUUAUAAUUAUAACAAUGAACACGAUGUCUCAAAUUAUUGUCCAAAUAUUCAAAAUGACGAUUACCAAAAUGGUGAUGAUAAUGAUAAUGGGCCUGUGAGUGGUUUUAAUUCUGAAUUAGAACAUAUAACACCAUCGCAAGGAAUAUUUGCUGGUGAUAAUUUAGUUGCUGCACCAAAAUUGGCAAAUAAAAUUUUCAUUCCAUAUUCGUUGCGUGCUAAAAAAAUUGACAUGCGUCAAUUGAAAAAAACAAUUUGGAAAUGUUUAACAAAAUCAAUAUCCGAUAAGGAAAAUAUCGACAUUCGAGAAGCAGUUGAACAGGAAUUGUCCGACAAAGUAAAAGAAGAAAAACAUUUUUGUUUGGUUUAUAAAGAAUUGCCGAAACAACUUUCAAAAUCAAAUGCAGAAGCAUUAAGUUUACCAAUUGCUUUCGUUUCGAUGUUACAUUUAGCUAAUGAGAAGAAUCUUGAAGUGAAAAUUGUCGAAAAUUUGGACGAUCUUUCAAUAAAACAAAAUUAAUAAAGAAUUUUGUAAAAUCAAUUAAACAUAAUUGAUUCAAUUUAAAAAAAAAAUAGUUUAACUGACGAAUGCUCUUUAAUAUUAACUGUAUCUUGAAUUGGCAAUUAAGUGGCAGUUAAUAUAAGAUGUAUAUAUAAAUACAAUUAAAUACUUCGAUCAAAUAAUUGAGAGUUAGUAGAUUAAGUUUUUUACAGCAAUAUAUAAAAUAAUGGUAAAAUUAAAAAUGAAAUUUUAUGUUAGAAGCUUAUUAAUAAUAAAUUUCAUAAUUUAAUUAA